AUGUAUUCCUUUUCUAAAAGAGGAAUUCCGCAAGACCUUCGGAGAGAGAGAGUUCACCGUGACAGGCCUCUGGUUUGGGUCUCGCGGGACAAUCCCAAAAAGGACAAGGAGAUUCCUCUCGAGGAACUAUUUGUUGAUGUUGGAGAGCUUUGCAUUAAGAAAACAAACAGAAUGUUGUAUCGAAGAUUACUCAAUAACUUAGAUGACGAAACAUUACAAUUCCAUUUGGUAGCUAAAAGAGAAAUCGUUUUUACUGCCGGUGGAUUUUUUACUCUCGAGAAUACUCUGGUUUGUACGGUAACCCGAGUGACAUCCAUUUGGACGCGGUGUCAGAUCGAGGCUCCGUGGCGUGACGCCCUAUCUUCCACCCCAUGCUCCCAGAUUUGGUCUUAUCUCUGGCUUCCAGUUUAUAUCCAAGAUAGACUCCUUCCGACCUUCCUUCCAGCCUUAUCCUGA